AUGAACGAAGAAGACGAUGAAAAAUACCAUGUUGAAGGUUUACCGACCGCGACAUUUGGAAUGGUGGCAGGAAUUUGUAGCUCACUAUUUGGUUUAUUUGCAGCCUUAACAAACAGCCUUCUUCUAUUUACAGUAUUCAAAGAUCCGUACAAUUAUUUUCGAGCUCGCGCGACCACGUACUUUAUCCUUAGUCUUUCUUUAAGCGAUCUUCUAGGAGGCUGUCUUGUGCAGCCAAUGUAUGCUGCGUCUAUGUUUACCAUCUCUACCGGAGGCCAACCGCAGAAACUCUAUGAAAUCGCUCUUAUUUUCAGCCAUGUAACCACAAAGAUAUCAAUUUUUACAGUAGUUGCGCUAUCGCUGGAUAGAUUUUUAGCUGUCAAGCUUCCAUUGAGGUAUAAAAGAGUUAUAACAGUGCGAAAAGUAAUUGUUUGUAACGCUUUAAUCUGGAUUUUCUGCAUUAUGUUUGAAGCUUCUCAUUCUUUGGAUAAAUAUGAGGAAGUAUUCCACGUAAUUGAUCUUCAUCUUCAAACGACUAUUCCAUUGACUAUCAUGUGUGCCCUAUACACCGCGACUUACAUCGAAUUUCGCCGUUAUUCAAGAAACGUUGUUUUUAUGCGAGAAAACACAGGCGAACGGUCACGCAUUUUUCUUCGAAACAUUAGGUUGGAGAAAAAGAUUGUUUCUACUGUUGUUUUAAUUAUCAUUGUGCUCUUCAUAUCUCUAUUGCCGUAUUUAAUCGUGAAAAAUUUACAAGAACGCUGCCAAGAAGAGCUUGGUGGUGAAUGCAGCGAGCCAGGGUUUUGCUGA